AUGCUGCUGCGACCGGCAUUAAGGCUCUGGCGGACGUGGCGGACGCAGGGAGUGUUCCCCGAGGAGAUGCUGCUGAAGGUGCCCAGCGACAUCCCGGUGCUGUGCGCCGCUACCUUGAGCGUCAACCCAUGCACGGCGUACCGCAUGCUGACCGACUUCGAGACCCUGGCACCGGGUGACUCCGUCAUCCAGAAUGCCGCCAACAGCGGGGUGGGCCAGGCUGUUAUCCAGAUUGCCAAAGCCUUCGGCGUCAAGACCAUCAACGUGGUGAGGGACAGACCUGAUCUCCCAAAGCUGGUGGAGAGGCUGAUGGCCCUGGGUGCAGACCACGUCAUCACGGAGGAGAUGCUGAGGAAGCCAGAGAUGAAAGAUAUCUUUAAGAGCAUCCCGAAGCCCCGGCUUGCCCUGAACUGCGUCGGAGGCAAAAGCACUACGGAGAUGCUGCGGCAUCUGCAGCCCAAAGGGACCAUGGUCACCUACGGGGGGAUGGCAAAGCAGCCUGUGAUGGUGCCUGUGAGCGCCUUCAUCUUCCGGGACGUGCGGCUCCGUGGCUUCUGGAUGACCCAGUGGAGGAAGGACCACGCGCAGGACCAGGAGAGCCUGGCCGGCAUGAUGGACGCCUUGUGCCAGCUCAUCCGGAGGGGACAGCUGGCCGCGCCGGCCUGCACCGAGGUCCCGCUCCAGGACUACAAAGCGGCGCUGGAG